GGAGGACUCGAGGUGGAGAAAAAAAUCAAAUUCGCCCUCUCCUCGGCGAAACAGGUGUUGCUCCAAGUCCUCAGGCAGAUCAUCUUCAUGCUGCACGAAAAACAAGUCGAUUUGCGAAGGAGGGGGCCGAUGUCCGUUUAAUAUUUCGUCGAAAACGAAAAGCGGCAAUGAUUCAACAUCUCCCACAGAAGAACAAUACGAAUACCGAUUAUACGAACCUCCCCUCCGUAUCCGCAAAGCGAUGAACGGGGAGUUAGUUCUCGUAUCAAAUGUAAAAAUGUCUGGGUCUGGAAGAAUGCAACUUGUCAUGCUAAAUCUGAAGCAUGCAAAAAUCUGUGUUGCGUGAUUACCAAAAGUCGUCCAGUUUUGACCAAGUCGGGAGGCAGUUUCUCAUGCAGGAUAGGCAUGAGAAAGAUUAAGAUCGCACAGAAUCUGUCAUGCUAGGUCCUGCAUUCCAGACCUCAUGGGUCAUGGAAAAGCUGCAUGACAAAUCGCGCAUUCUUCCAAACCCAGACAUUUUUACAUUUGAUAUCUCGAGGAUUUAUAUCAAUCAAAACACAACUGGCACUCGUGGACGGUGGGGGAGCUGAAGCAAAAAGUGGAGGCGGUUCUGAAAGAGGAGAAAUCUGUCACCUUCCCAGAGCAACACUUAUCCGUCACACUGCUUUUGAACAGCAAUAGUUGUAGUCCCCAUGCCCCAGCGCCAGCGCACGUGGUCUUGGAUGCGGAAUUGUUUGGGGCCACGCCACUCGGGGAGGUGCUGUGUGCAGGCGGGAAAGGAAACAAUAUGAAGACGGCCAGCAGGAGUUUUUCUGAAGAUGUCGUGACACCCAGCACCCGAGCAUCGUCGAAAGAUGAAAGUUGCUUCUACCACAACCAAGCACUUGCGUCUGGUUUUUCUGAUGCGAUAGUACCAUCAGAGACUACUCGUACUACUUCAUCCGGCGAGGUCUGGACUUCUAAAGCCUGUCAACGUCAUUGCGGAACGGAAAAUAUGCCAGAUGCCGUUCUGUCCGAACCACCCCAAGCCAUCGAGAUCUCAGCGGUGAUCAAGCAGGGCCCGACGGUGUUUUCCUCUUUCCUGCACGCCCUGGUUCGGGAACACAACAAGGGGCUUGAUAGUAACUACACAAACGAUAAUUUCGACCACACGACAAACCUGGCGAAAAAAACCUCCACACAGUUAUGGGACGAGUACUUCCGGACCUUGCAAGACAGUACAGGUCCCACGCCCGAGCCGGUCGGAGCUGCUGUUGGAGCUGCAACAUCGUCAUCAAGCGCGCCGGCUUUCUCCAUGUUCGACCAAUUCACCGCGUAUUUCCGGGUUAGGAAACCCCAAUUCGACCACGGAUUCAUGCCCGGAUACGGAGAAGAAAAUUACACCGAAGACAUUGAAGAGAGGGAGAAACAGAGGUUAAAGCAGUUUUUCAGCCUCUUCGAGCAAGCGUUGGCAAGGAAAUCGCACUUCGUCCAGAUGCCGGUGCAACCUCUCAUGCUCGGGGAGCCGGUACCGAAUAUCCUCCUCCGGAGAGAUUACCAAAUCGCGCAACUCGGUCAGAACUACGAUUAUUUCGCAACCAACUCGAUAGCAGUCUACAGAGUGCCGGAGAGUCAGGCGAGACUAGUGCAACGGGCGACACGGCAUCGGAAUGUCAUGACGUAUCAGAUUGGGCCAGCAGAGGGGCGCGUGCCGAUAUUGAUUCGGGGUGACCGCAGAGGUGGUCGUGGUGCGGCGGCGGGGGUUCAAGUUCAACAUCUUGCUGACAACGAAGUGCCACCGCUCUCUGACGCCCCGCGCUCUGUCUCCAUUACCGCAACGCAGGUGCCGAUUCGGUUUUUGCAAGAAGUUGCGGAAAUUUCUGCUGGUCCAAACAACGGCGGGGAUAAUUCUUACGACCAUCAGUGGCCACAACGACCAUUCGAAUCCGUGACGGAGCGAGCCUUUCGGCAGAAGUUGACAACUAUCUGUAAAGAGCACUUGCAAAACCCCAGGCAUCGGCCAGAGACGUUAUCAAAUGUAAAAAUGUCUGGGUCUGGAAGAAUGCAACUUGUCAUGCUGCAUUUGGAUUCCAGAAAAAUCUGUAUUGCGUGAGUAGCAAAAGGAGUGUAAUUUUUGCUACGUGGAGAGGGCAUUUGUCGUGCGGAAUAGGCAUCAAGAAGCUCUGAAAAAAUCUGUCAUGCUAGGGCAUGCAUCACAGACAUCAGGGCUCAUGCAAAACGUGCAUGACAAGUGUCAGAAUGUUCCAGACCCAGACAUUUUUACAGUUGAUAGACGUCAUUGGCUAGCAUUUUCGGCGAUUCCAUCAAGGGACAACUAGUCCUGGAGGACUCGUCGGGAAGACCGCGGGCCAGGAUGAGCGCGGCUAUGACCUGUCCGGCGCUGGUGAGACGAAAUGGUGACGAUGAAAACGAGGGAGAGGUGGAUUUGAAUUAUUUAAAAGUCAUUCCGCGGUUGACAUUACAAAUUGUCUUCACUUUCCCCAUUAACCCAGCAGACGUGAUUCCAGAAGAGGUCAGUGCCGUCGAUCUGGUUUUGCCCUACCGAAGAGAGCGCAGCGCGCAUUCUUGUAGUUGCCUACCGGAUAACCCUGGGAGGGUGCUCAGGGCGAUCUGCACCAGCUUCUGCUUAGGAAUGGCGGGGAGGUAGGGACGGUUGUAGAGGGGUGAAAGAACGAUGUAUCGGCGAUGUUGAUACAGUAGCUGUGUACCAGUUCAUGCGAGCAGUAGAGUUAAUACAUGGAGCAUUACGUUUCUUUACGAUAUCAAUAAAGUUCUGCACCUUAUUUACGAAUGAGAAAAACAAACUUUACCCUGGCACAACAUGAUCAAGUAAGAAAAAACACAUGAAGUUGGAAUUGCAUGCGCACGACAUAUAAUUGAAUCAGAGAAAGCACCGAGUUUUCUGCUUUAUUGGAAUGGUUUCGUUUUCUCUACCUGGCUAGCUACUUCUAGAUCGGCUUUUUUACGAAGCGUCUUCUAGGCAUUCAAUAGUAGAAUGAGACUCAUGCAUGGUAAAAAUGAACUACACCGAUAGCACACAAGAAACAAUACUACCGAAAGUCAAAAUUCGAACGCGAUUUUUUAGCGAGUUGACUAUUCCUUCAGAUUCAACAAGCACGCCAAACAUUCCAUGCAGCCGAAAGCUACAGAUGUGGGUCGGUAAAAAUUUUCAAGCCGUAUUAAUAGUAGAAGUUCCGAAAGGGC